UGUAAAUAUUGGAAACCGAAACUCAUUCUACUACUGUUGUGGAAGCAGCAACAGUGGGUUUUAAUUCAAUUUUAUUAAGUAACAAAUUUAAAGCGACAAAGUUGCAAUCAUGGCUAGGGUGUUGAUGUUAUUGUCUGUGAUCUUCGUCAGCGUUUAUAUGACGGAACAAGCUUACUUCUUGGAAAAAGAUUUCAUUGAUAAUAUCAAUGAACAAGCGACUACAUGGAAGGCUGGUGUGAACUUCGACCCCAAAACAUCAAAGGAACAUAUCAUGAAACUUUUGGGAUCAAGGGGAGUACAAAUUCCAAACAAAAAUAAUAUGAAUUUGUACAAGAGCGAAGAUGCAGAUUACGACAACACAUACAUUCCAAGGUUCUUUGACGCUAGGAGAAAAUGGAGACAUUGUAGUACGAUCGGAAGAGUCCGUGACCAAGGAAACUGUGGAUCUUGUUGGGCUGUGGCCACUAGCUCGGCUUUCGCUGACCGUUUGUGUGUAGCAACAAAUGCAGACUUCAACGAAUUAUUAUCCGCCGAAGAAAUCACUUUCUGCUGUCAUACAUGUGGCUUCGGAUGCAACGGUGGUUACCCGAUUAAAGCAUGGAAACGUUUUAGUAAAAAAGGUUUAGUCACCGGAGGAGACUACAAAUCUGGAGAGGGUUGUGAACCAUACAGAGUUCCACCUUGUCCUAAUGACGACCAAGGAAAUAAUACAUGCGCCGGUAAACCAAUGGAAUCAAACCACAGGUGUACCAGGAUGUGCUACGGUGACCAGGACCUCGACUUCGACGAAGACCACAGAUACACACGUGAUUACUACUACCUAACAUACGGUAGCAUCCAAAAGGACGUCAUGACUUACGGACCAAUUGAAGCAUCGUUCGAUGUAUACGACGAUUUCCCCAGUUACAAGUCAGGCGUUUACGUGAAAUCGGAAAAUGCUUCAUACUUGGGAGGACAUGCCGUUAAAUUGAUCGGUUGGGGUGAAGAAUACGGAGUGCCAUACUGGAUGAUGGUCAACUCAUGGAACGAAGAUUGGGGUGACAAUGGUAUUUUCAAAAUUCAACGAGGCACAAACGAAUGUGGAGUCGAUAAUUCGACAACUGCUGGUGUACCAGUUACCAACUAAGAGUAUUAUUUUAAUUUAUUUAAAAUCAAAAAUAAGUUCA